AUGUUGUGCGUGGAUGCUGUCAGGCGUGAUGUGGACGUUUCCAAACGUAUUGCCGCAUCCUUCGAAAGCCUUGCACAUGCAGAAACGCCGCGGUGCCACACAUCUCCUCGUCGCUCCAUCGCAGUGAGUGACAUCGUGAAAUGCCCUAACGGAACGAUGGUCGUCAAGAUUCGUUUUGAGCGCGCCGUUGCAGGCGGCACACAGUUUGACCUUCGCUCCUCAUCCCUUGUCGUGCGCCUGGAGUGGGAUGUCAUCUUCAGCGUUGCUUACCCCAAGGAACCCUGCCUUUGGCAAUUUCUCGACGGGCGUCAGACAAGCACCAGCAACGAGGUGGAGCAUCCGGUCGUCAGGCCCCAUUCGUUCCUAAUGGAGGAGGUGUUGUCACGCCUGCCGGAGGCCAAGAAGACAUAUCUUGCUGUAUGCUUAGGUAACGCGGGAGGUGGCCCCGUGUACCGCCGCCCCUUGCAACAUGACGCCGCACCGUUGGCGUCGCAGACAGAAUUACCGACGGGCAUCACUUCGGUGGAGAUGUAUCCAAGUCUGGGCGGUAGCAGCAACAAGAAUAAGAACAGCAAAUACAAUGGUGGAAGCGGCGGCGGUGUAAGUCACAGUAGCAACGGUACUAAUGGGAACGGCGACAAGGGCGUCGUCGGUGUUGUAGAGUCACCGUUUUUGUCUGAUUUUACGUUUCUUUGCAAUUGGUGGGCCGCACUGGAGUUGGAUGUGGGUUGCAUCCUGCCCGCACCCCAGCAUUUUCUCAUGAGUCACAGCUCCAGUGGAAAUAUGACCUUGCUGGAGGAGGAUGUGGCGGUUGACCGUUACCUCCAGCAAGGGCGUGGAGUGCACUUGAUGAACGAGGUGGGGGGAAACAGAGUGCAACGUCCUGGGCGUGGCUUUGCAGCCGCCUUUAUGCCCCGUGGCGACGUCGUCGCGUGGGGAAUGCGACGACUUCCGCAGGGGGUCAAGAACGAUGAGGAGGAGAAUAAGGACGGCAAAACUGUCACAGGCACGACAGAACUCUCAAUGUUGACAGUGACGUCGGAUGGGAUGGUGCCACAUAACUGUGGGGUGGGCUGGAACAGGUUUUGCACGGAUUACAUGGAGGCCGGAGGGCAGCUGCGUGAGCACCAUAGUCAACAUCAUUCGCGUCAUUAUGAUCGCCACAGCCGACGCGCACAGCAGGCGCUUCGCAUCACGUCGGUUCGAAGUGACCUGCCUGGCGCGGUGCUACCAUCUCUGCUUGUUGCAAAAAACAUAUUGCAGACAGACGCCUACGAGCUGAACGACGUUUGUCUUUAUGCCGAGGACCCAGCUGUGGCUUUGUGCCUGAAUGCCCGCAUCUCUCGGGAGGAAAAGGUGCUCAAUGGUGUCUCAAAUUUGUUUGUGAUGUUGCGUCACUUAGUAAAAGGGGUGUCGCCGUCCGCCUCUUUGCGGUAUGCGUUACAGCUGCUGGUUCCCGCGUUGCACGGACUCGUUAAGGCCUUGCAAAAGCAGCGGAGGCCGUUUUGGGCGGGGGUAGCUAUAUGCUGCCUCUUACUGCCAGCCGUACUAAACGAUCGACCCGCGCUGUUCGACAUAACUGCCCACCUCAUUGACCCCGUGGAGUGUUACCGUUGCGUCUCGCUCGUGGUCGUGAUAUUUGCUACGGUGGGAUCUAACAACAAGUUUCGCGAGGCAGAACUUGCAAGGAACGCCAUCAUGAAUGCAUACCGUGCAAAAAAACUACCGCAGUCUCUCACCAGAAAAAGCGGGGACUGUGAAGCGUGCAUUGACGGCGGCGACACAGUCGCCCAUGUGCACCACAUACCGAUCAAAGAAUGUGCCGUAUGUGGGCUUCCGUUGCUGCGGAACACAGCAUGGAGACAUAAUAGUAGCUCUGAUGGUAACUCUGCAAGUGGCGACAAGGCUGUUUUGGCCCCUGCUAAAAAUGACGGGUGUCUCAUUGUUCAGUGUGCUCACUGUGGACACGGAGGACACGUUGCGCACAUCCUUGCUUGGUGGCAGGAUAACAAUGUAACCUGCUGCCCAGUGGGUUGUGAGUGCCGUUGUGUCUACUGA